UGUAACAGGGGCGCGUGUGUGGAACGUGAAGGCACCGAAACGAGUCGCGCGCUCAGAUCUCUGCGCAUGUCUGUUUGGUGUCUCUGAAUUUGAACCUUUGCUGUCUUCGGAACUUCUGCACGUGCGCUGGUCUCGUAUCAUGGCCGGUUAUCCUGCCACCAUGGCGGACAUGGCGCCUGCUGUCCCGCACGGAUGCGGUAUGACGCACGCAUUGGUGGUCAUACCGCAUGCUCUCCCGCUGUUCUACACACCGCACUUAUGCCCGCCGCCGCCGCAGAAAAAAGACAGAAUGGUUGAUCUGCAGAGGUCGGUGCUGAACCUGGUGGAUUCUCAUGAUCAUCUGGCUUUGACAGACCCGGAGCUGCUGCACUGGUACCUGUCUCUGUGUUUGAAGGACCGGAAGAUCAUUCAGGAUCAAGGAGGUCUCCGUAACUUCCUGCGCAGACACCCUGGCCUGUAUCUCUUCCAGGACUCACUUUUUGUGAAGUAUAAGUGUGAAAAACCCAGCAGUGCUGUAACAUCCAGCCCAAACAGCAGGACCGUUGGGAGGAGGGCGUCCUGUGAGUGUGUGGAUGGAGCCCCGUGUGUUUUUGGCCUCUGCUGCACCAUGUUUCCUCAGCACAGCUGGAGACUGUUCUACUCGUCUGCAGAGGGAAGCAGGAAUGUCACCACGCCUGAGGAUCCUGCUGCACCCAUCCUGCACACUCUGCACCAGCUGGACUCUGACUACAACCACAUGAAGCAGCAGAUGCUGGCAGCAGUUCCUCUGGAGUUCUCCGUGCCAUCAGCAUAUUGUGUACCUGUGCAGGGGAUCAGUGACGGACUGCCUCCAGCCUCCUCCUGGUCUCCUGAGGACCCACAGAUGCUCAUGGGAGCAGCAGAAGCUCAAUGUGAAGAAGACUACAGCAGCCAGCUCAAUGAGAGAACUGUGGAGACCUCGCACCUCGGGGGGAGAGCUGAUGCUCCCCAGUCCAGAGGGUUCAGGCCCGACGAGGUGCAGACAGUGGUCUGCGAUGACGGCAUUGAGUUGUGGUAUGAUGCUGAAGACGAGCUGCAGCUUCCAGGAGCUCCAUCAGAGCCGGCUGGCAGUGCAGGGACCCCUCCGCUCCAGGGGUGUGGUUCUGGUCAUGCUGACUCAAACACAGGAUCCACUGGUGGCAAAAGCUCGGUGCAGUUUGUGUCCAACCAAUCCAAGGAGGCCAUCCAGCUUCUGGCCCCGCCCACCACCUCCUCCUCCAGGAGCGGGGCCGAUGUGUUCAUGUCCCUCGAUGCCAAACAGACCUUUGUGUCGCACACUUGGGGAACCAUGGGCAGUGUCUGUACACUGACGGCGCAGCUGCAGAGGCUCCACCCCAACGCCAGCAGAGCCUCCAUCAUGGCUGCUCUAACAGUGCUGAGGGCCAGGCAGAAAGGGCCGCUCCUCAGCCUCCCGCUGGAAUCCAUCCGGGCCAUGACCUCCGACCUGCUGAGCAGGCAGAGCUCAGAUUGAGAUGGCACAAAGCUCAUGUUUUUGUUGUUCACUUUGAGUUUGACAAUAGAAGAGAAGCGUUCAGCCUGUUUGUGAAGCUGUUCUUUCACAUUAAAACUUUAUUUACAAAGA